AUGCGUUUCUUUGUUUUGCUUUGGGGUCUGUUGCUGGUCUAUCUCAGUCUGGACGUUGGGAGAAUAUGCCGCGCCGCAGACGAAGCACCAAUGUACAGGGUGGAGCAGCAGGUCUCCAGUGAUUGGGUGACGCGGUCCAUCACGUUUCUUUCCUCAGGAUACGCUGUGGAGGAGGAAGUUUUAUUUCAAAGUGACGUCAAUCUUUGUGUCAGGGCUUUGCACGGCAGAAUCCGAGGUGUUACUGCAGAACCGUGGGAUAGGUACGCAUCGUUACUCAACAUAUACGCCGUUUUUCAGCCGUCAGUGGAGUCGGGUGCGGCUUCAAAGGAAGACUUAAAGGGUGGGCGAAACAAUCUUGGAUGCUCGAUAACCCUCACCUAUCCACCUGUCGUAAGUUGUGACCUGAACGCCGUCUUCAGAUUGGCAGCUUACGCCCCUGUCCAGGACCUGGUUGUGGUCUUGGUAAACCAGCCCAAGGCUGCGGUGGGCGUGGGUGGAAAAUCCAUUGCGAUCUUCACCAACGAUCCAUUGUUUAUGCCAUUUUUUGUUAUUCGUGAACUAAGCAAAGCCGUUACCUCACUAGGCUCAGAGUAUGCUUUUGGAGUAGAGGAUAAACAUGUUGUGCAGGUACCCAACUGCGCCCCAUCCAUUGAGGCGGCGCGUGCAGCGUGGGGUCAUUGGAUAGACCAAGGGCUGGCCGAUGAAACACCAUUGAAAGGUUGUUUCUUUAAUAAUUAUUACCGUCCGACUAGGCAAGAUUGUAUAAUGCGUAAUUCCUCGGUAGGCGGACUAUGCGCUGUAUGCAAGGAACAAGUCAACCUUGCUCUUCUUUCUGCAGACUUGGGUGAUUCUACGGCACAUACACGCUGCAUAAGAGAUACCCCCAAUUUGAUUUUUAAUCGUUUUCAGGACCUUCAAAUUCAUAUUGGAGAGAUUGGAGGAAUGACUGACAUGAAGGUGGAUUGGAUGCUUGCGGACGGAUCUAUCGUGGGCACCGCCAACGAUUCUCAACUGGUGAUCGCCUUGGAUUCUUUGCGGGGAUUGCCAUUACCCACAGAGAUAUGUGCUGUGAUCACGGAUAACUCCCCGUAUAUUCGUCCAAAAUGGCGUGCGAAGCUUCUUCGACGAAUAGCGUCAUUUAGACUUGUUUCCGAUACGUCAUCUACUCCUGUUAACGUGAGAAGGUGUGGGAUGUCGGAGGUGUGCAAAUCGUGUCAGGGGCCUCAUUGUGAUGAGACUGUUCUUUCCCACCCGAAUGUUAUGAAAUGGGCUGUGGAAGAAGAUGUAAAAGUACGAAGAAACAGCUAUGUGAUUUUAGUUGCUGUAUACAGCGGUGUUGCCAUUGUUUUGCUCCUAAUUGUGCUGGUGUUAUAUUUGCGCUGCUAUUUAAGACGACCUCAUGAGAUAUUUUUCAAUCCUUGUAUGGACAGAGUGAACCGCGGAGUACUUCUUAUAAUUUCUGUUAUUAUAACAUGCAUGUCGACGUUUACACUGGUAUCAAUUCCUCUCUUGGAUGAGAAUCAUUUCAUUUUCUUGAGAAAAUUGUUUAUUCCUUUUUUUGUAAUGACGACUGUGACGUACCUGUUUUCGCUUUUGAAUUUUGUGGCUGUGAUUUUUCGUCUGUAUAUAUUUACCGUAAUUUGUGGUGCAGUGCUGCUGCUUAUUGGGCUGUUUCACGCGGCAUUGGGCGCGCUUUUGGGGCUUGCAGCAGGUUUUGUGGAGGACUUCCUAGUUGGUUACGCGGCGUCCGGAUGGAUGGAAACAGCACAUAGCAACCCCAGUCAGAUAAGUCGUGUUCAGUCUCACUUGAAAUGCAGUGGAUUUUUCGUCAGUUGCCUUGAAGUUGCCUCGUCUAUAUGUCCGGUUGGAAGUGAGAGUAACUUGCAUGCCGAACCGUGUGCGACAGCCCUCCUGAAGGCUCUUUACAAUAUGCAUACAGCUCUAACUGUGUCUAUCUUCAUCACGGGAGCCUUGGUUAUUGUAUGUGGACUCCUGGACUUUGUGUUCGUGCUGCGUUCGCUCCACCUGUCGAGGAUGGGGAGGCGACGGCGGAUGUACCGCAAUGACCCUCACGCGGCAGUUUUGCCCUUGGUAUUUGCGGAGGCAAGGAGGGCGCAUCGUAUGUUUUGCAGGAGUUUCAAUGGUCACGGUAGAACAUUGGAGGCUCAACGCGUCACUGGGUUUCUAGAAAGGGUGUUCGGCACAAAACUUAAGCCGGAGGAGAAAGGAAUGCUUGAGGCUGAGGGCCCUUUUACCUUCAAUGGACUCAUGUCAUUUUUUUUUCCUCACUUUAUCACGUCACGAAUGGACCCGCGUCAGUUAACACCGGAGGAGGCACACAUGGCGCAAGGGGUGUUUGAACUGCAGUGCUUACAGUUCCAAAAACUCUGGAAGUUCGCCACAGCAUCCGCGGCAAUGUCGCCAGGGAAGCUAUGCGGUCUGUUUCGUUUAUACACACGUGAUAACUUUGUCGUGGAACCGCAGGAAUUGCUCGCGCUCAUCAAGAAAGCGGCGGAUACAAACUCUAUAGAGGCUGCACUGUACCGGGGACUGACAACCUUCGAGCUUGAGGGGCUGCGUAAUGCUUGGGCAGUGCUAAAACCAAACAUUAUAGGUGACUUGAAUGAUGAACAGAUAGCUUUAUUCUACCAAUGGACACACCGUGAUGUUCUCCGCGGGGACAACCAUUUGAAGGAGUGGAAACAAUCUCUGGACGUGCGUAGGCGCGGGCGCAUUGGGUGGGGCGAAUUCUGUUAUCCCUUUGCCAAGCGUGCUCUUUUAUGGAAGGCACGUGAGUUUUUGAGCAAUAUGGGGAAGGAGGUACCUCCAGAGCUGCUUAAAAAAGAGUUUGUACAGUGGCGAUUUGGAAAUACAGUGGUAAAUGCUACUUUUUUGCCUUACGAAGAUGAGAUUCCUAUUGAGCGCGUGCUCGAAUAUGUGUUGUCCCAUGCCAAGGGCAAGCAGAGGAAACGAAAGGAAUUGUGA